AUGCCGACACUGCUCUCACAAACACGCUUGAAUGUUCCUAAAACCCACCAGACUUUCUGUAAGAACUGUGACAAGCACCAACCGCACAAAGGGACACAGGACAGGAAGGGCAAGGAUUCUCCGCCUGCCUGGGGAGAGUGGCAUCAUGCCAGGGAGCAGAGUGACUAUGGUGGCCAGACUAGGCCAAUUUUCCGGCAAAAGGCUAAAACUACAAAGAAGAUUGUGCUCCAGCUCGAAUGCAUUAAGCCCAACUACAAGAGAAUCUUGGCUAAGAGGUACAAGCAUUUUGAGCUGGGAGGAGAUAAGAAGAGAAAGAGGCAAAUGAUCCCGUUCUGA